AGUAGACCAAACCAACUUCCUUAGAUUUUUUUUCUUUUUAAAGCUGUUUGCAGAAAACUGGGUGGUAGCAUGUCUGAACCAAAUGGAAGAAGAGCCAGCGGAGCAUGCACUGUUCCAGCUCGGGCCACAUGGCCAACUGUCGAGAGCAGCCCUGCCCAGACUGCAGUGGGGGCUGUGCCAGCAGCUCCGCAGGGCCCUUCCAACUCUGGAGUGUCUGUAGUUCUUGUGAAACCAAAACGUUGACUACCUGCCUCUUUCCUCGGGCAUCGACGUGCUCAUUUCCAAAGAUGAUGGUGCAGGUGACCUUUUCCAUCGUGAGCCAGGAGAAGGUUAGGAGGCCUGAGGGGCAGGCGUUGCGUCCCCUCCUCCCCCUCCAUAGCCCCCGAGGUGGAGCUUCCCUCACAGACCCCAUCUGGUCGAGCCUACGGCUGCCCAGUGUACACUCAGUGAUGCUUAUACCAAAUAGGGCAUGUGUGCUGGUGUCUGUUGGGGACAGCCCCAUCCCUACCUUGGAGAAUUGCAGAGAAGCAGCAAUAAGCAUUAGGCGAAUGAUUGAAAGGACUGCUGGGCUGAGAGGCCUUCAGUCCCCUUACGUGGCUUUCCAAGUUCCUGAUGAGGCUACAAAGGCUCCACUCAUAAAAGAAAGCCAAUAGUGUAAAUAAAUUAAGAACGAAGCCUCCACGCGUGAUUUUUAAGGGGGAUGAUGAAUGUGAAACCACCCACAGAAUGCGUUAGAGUCUGGUUUUCCUGUGCUUUGUCAUUUUACUCUGAUAGGAACUUUUGUUACCUAACUCUGUGCAUAACUUAUUUAAUGUACUGUAUAAAUGAACCAAAACUGUUAAAUAUGUAUUUAGUUUGUUCUACUUAAAGUAGUCAAUAAAAAGGCUAUAUUCCUU